UGCCCUUACUUCUCCCGGCCCUCCUCGGCCCGGAGGAGCACCGGGCUCGGGCCCUCCCACACCGGCUCUCCCUCCGUCAGCCCCCGGCCCCGGCCCGGAGAGGAAGGGGUCCGCCCGGCCCGGGGCGGGCGGUGAGGCCCGGGGCCGGGGGCCGCUCCUCCGUGUCGCGCUUCGGCCCCUCGCGUCUGGCAAUGGGCGGCCUCUGAGGCCGUCCAGCAGGGCGGGGAGGAGGAGCGGCCGCCUGCCUGGCCGCGAGCCCUAUCGCGGCCUCGUCCGCCUCCGCGCCGAGCGGCAGCAGCUGGGGGGUCCAGCCCGCCCCGGGCCGCAGCGGUGGAGAGCCGGCCGCCGCCUCCUUGACUCGGUGCGGGCCGCCGCGCCGCCCCCAUGACCGCGCGCCCCCCGCGCUCCAGCCCGCCCGUCCGCCGCUCGCCGCACGAUGGGUGCGGGCCGUGAGGCGCCAGCCCCCGUGCCUCCGCCCCGCCGCCGCCCCCGACAAGCGCGCCUCGAGAGCCGCAGCGGCCGCCGCAGCCGGGCCCGCGGGCCCGCCUCCCGCUCGGGCCGCCGAGUCAGUGCUGAGUGAGGGGCCGUCGCCCCGCCGCCCCGGGCCGGCCCCCUUCUUCCGCGAACUCGAGCACCCCGCCUCGCUCCCGCUCCCACCAUGUCUGGCGGCGCCGCCGACCAGCAGAGCAGCGCGCCGGGCUCGCUGUUCCUCUCGCCCCCGGCGCCUGCCCCCAAGAAUGGCUCCAGCUCGGACUCCUCGGUGGGGGAGAAACUGGGCGCCGCAGCGGCCGACGCCGCAGCCGGCCGGACGGAGGAGUACCGGCGUCGCCGCCAUACCAUGGACAAGGACAGCCGGGGGGCGGCCGCGACCACCACCACGGAGCACCGCUUCUUCCGCCGCAGCGUCAUCUGCGACUCCAACGCUACGGCCCUGGAGCUGCCCGGCCUCCCUCUGCCGCUGCCUCAGCCCGGCGCGGCUGCCGUGGUCCCGCAGCGGAGCCCCCCGGAACCCCCGCGCGAGGAGACCCUGAUCCCCGCCGCUGCCGCCCAGGUGGCCCAGCAGCCGCCCGCCCCCGCCGCCGCCGCCCCUGAGGAGCCGGUCGCCGCGGGCCCGGCCACCUCUUCGGCCCCGAGCAGCGCGGGUAGAGACCGCCAGGCUGUCCAGCCCGGCCCCGCGGGGAGCCGAGAGGAGCCUCCGACGUCGAGAAGUGGCAGCGGCGGCGGCAGCGCCAAGGAGCCCCAGGAGGAACGGAGCCAGCAGCAGGAUGACAUCGAGGAGCUGGAGACCAAGGCCGUGGGCAUGUCCAACGACGGCCGCUUUCUCAAGUUUGACAUCGAGAUUGGCAGGGGCUCCUUUAAGACGGUCUACAAGGGUCUGGACACCGAGACCACCGUGGAGGUCGCCUGGUGUGAGCUGCAGGAUCGAAAGUUAACAAAGUCUGAGAGGCAGCGAUUUAAAGAAGAGGCUGAAAUGUUAAAGGGUCUUCAGCAUCCCAAUAUUGUUCGAUUCUAUGAUUCCUGGGAAUCCACAGUAAAGGGAAAGAAGUGCAUUGUGUUGGUGACUGAACUGAUGACAUCUGGAACUCUUAAAACGUACCUGAAAAGGUUUAAGGUGAUGAAGAUCAAAGUUUUGAGAAGCUGGUGCCGUCAGAUUCUUAAAGGACUUCAGUUUCUUCAUACUCGAACUCCACCUAUUAUUCACCGGGAUCUUAAGUGUGACAACAUCUUUAUCACUGGCCCCACAGGCUCAGUCAAGAUUGGAGACCUAGGUCUGGCCACCCUGAAGCGGGCUUCUUUUGCCAAGAGUGUGAUAGGUACCCCAGAGUUCAUGGCCCCUGAGAUGUAUGAAGAGAAGUACGAUGAAUCCGUUGAUGUUUAUGCUUUUGGGAUGUGCAUGCUUGAGAUGGCCACGUCUGAAUACCCGUACUCAGAGUGUCAGAACGCUGCACAGAUCUACCGUCGAGUGACCAGCGGGGUGAAGCCAGCCAGUUUUGACAAAGUAGCAAUUCCUGAAGUGAAGGAAAUUAUUGAAGGAUGCAUACGGCAAAACAAAGAUGAAAGAUACUCUAUCAAAGACCUUUUGAACCAUGCCUUCUUCCAGGAGGAAACAGGGGUACGGGUAGAAUUAGCAGAAGAAGAUGAUGGAGAAAAGAUAGCCAUUAAAUUAUGGCUACGUAUUGAAGAUAUUAAGAAACUAAAGGGGAAAUACAAAGACAAUGAAGCUAUCGAGUUUUCCUUUGACUUGGAGAAAGAUGUGCCAGAAGACGUUGCUCAAGAAAUGGUAGAUUCUGGGUAUGUCUGUGAAGGUGAUCACAAGACCAUGGCAAAAGCCAUCAAAGAUAGAGUGUCGUUAAUUAAGAGAAAACGAGAACAGCGUCAAUUAGUGCGGGAGGAGCAAGAAAAAAGAAAGCAGGAGGAGAGCAGCCUCAAGCAGCAGGUGGAGCAGCAGCCCAGCACUGCCCAGGCCGGAGUCCAGCAGCCCCCUGCCACCAGCACUGGUGGACCCGCUGCCUCUGCUGCGUCUGCGUCCGUCUCCACGCAGGUAGAGCCAGAAGAGCCUGAGGCCGACCAGCACCAGCAGCUGCAGUACCAGCAGCCUGGUGUGUCUGUGAUAUCUGACGGGACGGUUGACAGUGGUCAGGGGUCUUCUGUCUUCACGGAAUCUCGAGUCAGCAGCCAACAGACAGUUUCGUACGGGUCCCAGCAUGAGCAGGCACCUUCCACUGGCGCCCUCCCAGGGCACACAGCAUCUGUUGUCCAAACGCAGGCUCAGCCCCAUGCGGUAUAUCCACCCUCAAGUUUGGCACAGGGGCAGAGCCAGGGUCAGCCAUCUUCAAGUAGUUUAACAGGGGUUCCAUCCUCCCAACCCAUGCAGCAUUCUCAGCAGCAGCAAGGAGUGCAGCCAACAGCCCCCUCUCAGCAGGCGGUGCAGUAUCCGCUCCCUCAGACGUCGGCCCCCAGCGAGGCCGCGAUUGCACAGCCUGUGAGUCAGCCUCCACCUCCACAGGCCUUGCCACACGUGUCCGCGGGAAAACAGCUUCCAGUUUCCCAACCAGUACCAACUCUCCAAGGCGAACCUCAGAUCCCAGUUGCAACACAGCCCUCAGUCGUUCCCGUCCAUGCUGGUGCUCACUUCCUUCCUGUGGGACAGCCACUCCCACCCUCUUUACUGCCCCAGUACCCCGUCUCUCAGCUGCCCCCCGUCUCUCAGCUCCCCUCUGCUCCUCCUCACGUGUCUGUGGCUCAGCCAGGCUUCACACCCCUGCCGGUCACGAUGGCAGCUGGUGUUAGUCAGCCUCUGCUCACCUUGGCUUCAUCUGCUGCGGCGGCGGCCGUCCCCGGGGCACCCACUGUGGUCCCUAGUCAGCUUCCUGCCCUCCUGCAGCCUGUGACCCAGCUGCCGAGUCAGGCUCACCCGCAGCUCCUGCAGCCAGCAGUUCAGUCCAUGGGGAUCCCCGCCAGCCUUGGACAGACUGCCGAGGUGCCACUUCCCCCUGGAGAUAUUCUCUACCAGGGCUUCCCACCUCGACUGCCAUCGCAGUACCCAGGAGACUCAAACAUUGCUCCCUCCUCCAGCGCAGCUUCUGUGUGCCCGCCUUCUGCAGUCCUGUCCCCUCCCAUGCCGACAGAGGCGCUGGCUGCCCCGGGUUACUUUCCUGCAAUGGUGCAGCCCUAUGUGGAAUCCAGUCUCUUGGUUCCUGUGGGCAGUGUAGGAGGACAGGUCCAGGUGUCCCAGCCGGCAGUGAGCUUAGCACAAGUCCCCACCACAUCCUCCCAGCAAGCAGCUCUGGAGAGCACUCAGGUCGUCUCUCAGGUGGCUCCUCCAGAGCCAGCUCCCGGGGCUCAGCCACAGCCUGCCCAGCCAGCCGCGGUGGUCUCUUCUAUAGACAGUGCACAUUCAGAUGUGGCUUCAGGCCUGAGUGAUGGCAAUGAGAAUGUCCCCUCGUCCAGCGGGAGGCACGAGGGCAGGACCACGAAGCGGCUGCAUCGGAAGUCUAUAAGGAGCCGCUCUCGUCACGAGAAGCCUUCCCGCCCCAAACUGAGAAUUCUCAAUGUUUCAAAUAAGGGAGAUCGGGUGGUAGAAUGUCAGUUAGAGACUCACAAUCGGAAGAUGGUUACAUUCAAAUUCGAUUUAGAUGGUGACAACCCUGAGGAGAUAGCCACAAUUAUGGUGAACAAUGACUUCAUUCUGGCACUGGAGAGAGAGGCGUUUGUGGAGCAAGUGCGGGAGAUCAUUGAGAAAGCUGACGAGAUGCUCAGUGAGGAUGUCAGCGUGGAGCCAGAGGGUGACCAGAGCUUGGAGAGUCUCCAUGGCAAGGAUGACUAUGGCUUCUCAGGCGCCCAAAAAUUGGAAGGAGAGUUCAAACAACCAAUUCCUGCAUCUUCCAUGCCACAACAGAUAGCAGGUGUUCCUGCCAGUUCUUUAACUCAAGUUGUUCAUUCUGCUGGAAGACGGUUUAUAGUAAGUCCUGUGCCAGAAAGUCGAUUACGAGAAUCAAAACUUUUCACUGAAAUUUCAGAUACGGUUGCUGCUUCCACAUCUGCUGGCCCUGGAAUGAACUUGUCUCACUCUGCCUCAUCCCUUAGUCUGCAGCAGGCCUUUUCUGAACUUAGACAUGCUCGGAUGGCAGAAGGGCCGAGUACGGCCCCUCCCCACUUUGGUCAGACAGGCCCUGUGUUUCCAGCAGUGCCUCCCACCCUGAGCAGUGCCCCUGGAGCCCCGGCCGCAGCAGCCGCAGCCUCGGUGUCAGCCCCUGCCCCGAGCCACCCUCUUAGUGACGUGACCACAUCGGUCAUUCAGACUGAGGUGACAGUGGCCCCUGGAACAGGUGUCAUGCCUCCCAGUGGUCUCCCUGUACCCCCUGUGUCUGAGUCCCUGGCACCUUCCAGCGUGGCCCCCAGCGUCACCAUCCCUGCAGUUCUCUCGGCACUACCAGCGCCCCAGGCAGCACAGGCUCCCACCCCUGGCAGCGGGGCCUCCAGUGCAGGCACUUUCCCCUCUGCACCCGCAUCCCUGACACCAGCCUCUGCUGUGGGCAGCGCUGUUGCCUCGGCUGCUCAGCUUCCACCUGUGCCGUCUCAGCCCACGGUAGGCAGCUCGGCUGGGGUGGCCACACUGACAGCCGUGCCCGCUGCCGCUCUGGGCCCUAGCCUCACGGCACUGCCGUCCCUUGCUCUCAGCAGCAGUACCUCUGCCCCAGCUCUGGCAGAGACAGUGCUGGUCAGUGCCCACGCACUGGAUAAGACGGCCCAUAGCAGCACCACUGGCCUGGCUCUGUCCCUUCCUGCCACCUCAUCCUCUCCCGCCCCUGGAGCAGGAGUGUCCAGUGCUGUUUCUCAGCCUACUGCUGCGGCUCACCCUUUGGUCCUCCCAUCAGUCGUAACCUCUACUCCCGUACUCUCCCAGGCAGGACCCAUGUCAACACCUCUACUGCCCCAGGUACCCGGUAUUCCACCCCUGGUACAACCUGUUGUCAGCGUGCCUGCUGUGCAACAGACCCUGGUUCAUAGUCAGCCUCAGCCCGCUCCACUCCCCAACCAGCCCCACACUCACUGUCCCGAGAUAGACGCCGACACUCAACCCAAAGCUCCUGGGAUCGACGACAUCAAGACUUUGGAGGAAAAGCUGCGAUCUCUCUUUAGUGAGCACAGUUCUUCUGGAGCCCAGCACGCCCCCAUCUCGCUGGAGACCUCGCUCGCUGUAGAGACCGCUGUCACAGCAGGCCUCCCAGCCACUGCUGUUGCGCCAAGCAAGCCUCUGACUUCCACUGCCAGUACUUGCUUGCCACCAACCAGUCUGCCCUUAGGAACGGCUGGCUUGUCAGUUAUACCAACGGUCACUCCUGGUCAAGUUUCCACCCCAGUCAGCUCUGCGCCAGGAGUGAAACUUGAAACUGCUCCAGCAAAGCCACCUUUAACUAAGCCUCCAGUGCUGCCCAUGGGCACUGAACUUCCAGCUGGUACUCCACCCAGCGAGCAGCUGCCACCUUUUCCAGGACCUUCACUAACUCAGCCCCCGCAGCCCCUGGGAGACCUGGACGCUCAGCUGAGAAGAACCCUCAGUCCCGAGAGUGGCGUGCUGACGUCUGCCGUUGGACCCGUGUCUGUGGUGGCUCCAACAGCAGUUGUGGAGACCGGAGCCCAGCUUCCGAAGGAUGUUGUUUCAGUCUCUCAAGUCACAGAAGCUCCUGUCCUUGCGCCCACUUCCACAGCUGGUGUUCUGAAGAUGGGGCGAUUUCAGGUCUCAGUUGCAAUGGAUGACCCCCAGAAGGAGGGUAAAAGUAAGUCGGAGGAUGCCAAGUCGGUCCACUUCGCAUCCAGCACGUCAGAGUCCUCGGUGCUGUCAAGCAGCAGCCCCGAGAGCACCGUGGUGAAGGCAGAGCCCAACGGGCUGGCCGUCCGGGGCGCCUCUGCAGACAUGCCUGACAGCGCCCACCAGCCACCUGCCUCAGAAGCUGGGCAGCCUAGCAAGGUUGGCCGUUUUCAGGUGACCACCACAGCGAGCAGAGUGGGUCGCUUCUCUGUGUCCAGAACCGAAGACAAGAUGGCUGAGGUGAAGGGAGAGGAGCCAGUGGUCUCUCCUUUCAUGGACUCGGAACACGACAUUCCUCCCACCGUGACGCCAAAGAAAGAGAAACCCGAACUGUCUGAGCCUUCGCAUCUGAACGGGCCGUCUUCCGACCUGGAGGCUGCCUUCCUCAGCCGGGACGUGGAUGCUGGUUCAGGGAGCCCACACUCCCCUCCGCAGCUGAGCUCCAAGAGCCUUCCUGCCCAGAGCCUCAGUCAGAGCCUCAGCAAUUCCUUCAACUCCUCCUACAUGAGCAGUGACAAUGAGUCAGACAUUGAAGAUGAGGACUUAAAGUUAGAGCUUCGCCGACUACGGGAAAAACAUCUUAAAGAGAUUCAGGACCUGCAGAGUCGCCAGAAGCACGAAAUUGAGUCUUUAUACACCAAACUGGGCAAGGUUCCUCCUGCUGUCAUCAUUCCCCCAGCAGCCCCCCUUGCAGGGAGAAGGAGGCGACCCACCAAAAGCAAAGGGAGCAAGUCCAGUCGCAGCAGCUCUUUGGGGAAUAAAAGCCCUGGACCAGGUACCCUGUCUGGCCAGAGUGCAGCUUCAGUCUUGCACCCUCAGCAGACCCUCCCCGCUCCUGGCAGCGUCCCGGAGACAGGGCCCAACCAGCUGUUACAGCCUGUGAAGCCAUCUCCUUCCAGUGACAACCUAUACUCGGCCUUUACCAGUGAUGGUGCCAUUUCAGUACCAAGCCUUUCUGCUCCAGGUCAAGGCUGUGCCAAGUUUAACUGUGCGUCCGAGCAGGUGACGUUCAAAGCUGGCGGCAGGAGGACGCGAUUUCUGAGUACGCCCUGCUUGGCUCUUUGGAAGAUGGUGAAAAAAGUCUGCCCUUGCAACCAGCUCUGUAGGACCAGCAGCACCAACGCCGUCGGGGGAGCCGUGAGCAGCCAGGCCGCCCCGGCUCCGCCUCCUGCCGUGACGUCCAGCAGGAAGGGCAUGUUCACGGAUGACCUGCACAAGCUGGUGGACAACUGGGCCCGGGACGCCAUGAGUCUCUCAGGCAGGCGGGGAAGCAAAGGACACGUGAGCUAUGAGGGCCCUGGCAUGGCAAGGAAGUUCUCCGCGCCUGGUCAGCUGUGCGUCUCCAUGACCUCAAACCUGGGCAGCUCUGCCCCCGGCUCUGCAGCGUCAGCUACCUCUCUAGGGCACUUCCCCAAGUCCAUGUGCCCCCCUCAGCAGUACGGUUUCCCUGCCCCCCCGUUUGGCACGCAGUGGAGCGGGACAGGUGGCCCGGCACCCCAGCCGCUUAGCCAGUUCCAGCCUGUGGGAACAGCCUCCUUACAGAAUUUCAACAUCAGCAACUUGCAGAAAUCCAUCAGCAACCCCCCAGGUUCCAACCUGCGGACCACGUAGACCUGAGGCGAUCCUGGGGCAGGUUUGGGGGCAGGAGAUGGAAUGUGGGGGGUCGGGGGCGUAGCCUAUAUGCUGACUACUAGUGCUGCAUUUAACUGGUCAUUUCUUGCCAGAAAGGAAUGUUUUAACCCCGCUUAGAGCCCUUGGAGUGGAGGCCCCCUGCCCUCACUCGCCUGAGUGGGAGGCGAGAGGAGAGCUGUCUUGUGUGUGCUUUGUCGUCGCCCAGACCCAGCAGUGAGCCGCUGGGGAGUCGGGUUGGCCAGAAGGCUCCUAGAGAGCUCUGGAAAAGCAGAGCCGUCUGCAUUUUCAGGUGGUGGGGCUCUUCAUUUUGGUAGCCACCCCAACCCCUUACUCCCUCAAGAAUAUAAACCACAAGACAAAAAAUUUAAACUAUUGGGCUCUCUCCUACCCUGUCGCCCCCACUGUUUUUCUUUCUCCUGUCUCCCCCUACCCCCCCCACCCACCCCAAUCCAGCCAAUCUUUAGAACCCAGUGCAGACACCAGGGGAGGGAUGGAGGUUUCAGCCCUUUCUUACAAUAGGUCAUUAGUGCUUUAAGCAAAUGAUAUUCGCAGCUUUGACUGCAGCAUUAGCAAUUAGGAAAAAAAUUAAGUUCCCUGCGGACAUGUAACUUUGCCAUCAGUUUUGAUGUGGAAACACUGUGAUGUAUAAAAGUUGUUGGACAACAGUAGUUUAACAGUAAAAUAUGAAAGGCUUAAAAAGGCGAGCUCUGUCCUUUACUUACUGAGAUUUCACUUUUCUCCUUUGUAUUUCCAUUGUAUUAGAUAAAUAAAUGUGAAUGUAAAAUUGUAUAAAUCACUCUACUUGAAUACUUCCGUCCUCCCAGUACCGCUUGCUGGAUGCUUAGUGCCUUGGACUUCUAUCGCUUCUGCCGUUGCAUCAACUUCUCGUCAGACCCUGGUCCAGCUGGUCAGCGAGGGUGUGUGGAAGGAGAGCGUGGGUCUGUGUGACCCAGCAGUGGACUGUGUUGUAAGGAAACUGGAAGGGUAUUUUUUUCAAGUCAUUUAACAGUUUUGUAAGAUGAGCAGGGUGAGAAGUUAAGUUGACAUCAGUGGUUAAAGCAGAAAACUGUUUCAGGACAAGUGAGGAGGGAGGCUGUCACCAAAUCUGGCAGUUACCAGGCUGAGCGUGGCGUGCGAUUGGUGCCGAGAGACUAGAGGCUGCAGAACAGACGUGUUUUGAAGACGUGGUGCUUGGCCAGCGGCUGCCCUAAGCCUUACUUUCCUGCGCUGGGCUUGAACUCAGAAGAUUGAGAAGAAAUGGCUGAAGAGAAAGGAAGGGGGUGGGGGGCUGGUUUUUAAGUUGGGAAAUGUGAUAGUGAAACGUCUCAGAUGGAGAAAGUUGCUCUAAGAAAAAUUGUUUGCCUUGCUUUCCUCUUGGGGCAAAUGUACCGUGUAUUUCUCAACGUGGGGUCCUGCAGUUGUGGCAAGUGGCCCCACAUCUGAAAUAAGCACUGUAGGAACGGCUGCUUGUUCCUCCUCACUUCUGUAUAAUGUCCAGAGGGUUGCAGGGUCAUAAUCUCCCGGCUACCUUUGUUUCUAGAGUGACAAUGGAUAUUCUCAUAUAAAGAGACUCCCCUCAAGUAAUAACUGCAACCAGCCAGUAUUAUUUAGUGCUAUGCCUAGUUGUGAUGGGCAGUUCUCUCUAUUUUCAGAAACUUCAGGAAAUACUCUCCCAUUGCCUAUUUUGGGGAUCUCUAUUCUCCCAGAAGAUGGGGCAAGAAGCUAGGGCUCUUAAUCUUGGGGUGCUUCUUCUCUUGACCCUGAGCCACCUCAGUGGCCCAUCCCAGGAAUCUCCAUGACAGGAAGAGCCUGGCUGUCCUGUCCUUCGUUGCCCAUUUUCUUUAAGUUAGCCAAGGCCCCAAAGAUGCAAACGAAAGCUGAGGCUUUUAGGAAGGUAAGAGAUGAGAAGGGCAGGUGCUCCAAGCUUUGCUUUGAAACUUUACUUUUUCUCUGCCUGUAAUCCUUGAGAAAUGGUAAGAGUAAGGACCGAACAAGAAGUGCCGAGGAAAUGGGAAACGGACAUGUGGACAGAGGGGACGGACUUUGUACCCAAGGAGGGAGCCAAGUGCAGCACGACUCUGGUCACUUUGGUUUAAUGAUGUUGAGGUCUCUUCACUCACAUGGAAAGUAAGAACUGGUUUUACUUACUGUUGAUUUUUUCCCCCUCCUGUGGAUGAAAUAACUGAAACCUAGAGGAAUAAACCAGUGCUACUGAACUGUUUAAAUUAUUUUCGUGUUAAUAGUACACUUUGAGUAUCUUUUUCCACAUUAAAAAAAUCUUUCUGAAUUAUAAAUGUUUUCCUUACAUUAUUUAACAAUGUACACUGUUUAAAAAAAAAUAAACUGAAUUCAAACCUUGGGGA